AUACGUGAAAUCACUGCAAGCUUUAAGAACGGCAUGCGAUUUCAGUCCGCAGCAAUAGGAGCGUUACAAGAAUCGACCGAGAGCUUUCUCAUAGCCUUGUUCGAGGACACAAAUUUGUGCGCUAUUCAUGCAAAGAGGGUGACUAUUCAAUCGAAGGAUACACAACUGGCCAGGCGGCUCCGUGGCUAG